AUGGAGCACACUAAAGCUCUUCCCCAGCUAGUCGGUGACAACUAUGCGUAUUGGAAGGUGCGCACACGCACUCAUCUCAAAGCACAAGGUGAACCAGUAUGGUGUAUCAUUGUAACAGGCUGGGAACAUCCAACCAAAGCCAGUACCAGUGAGGAUGAAACUCGAGUGACGAAACCUGAAAAUGAAUGGACCCAAGCUGAGAAAACAAGUGCUGGACACAACGAUAAGGCACUAGAUAUUAUUUAUGGGCUAAUUCAUGAAAGUCAAUUUCCUAUUGUUGCAGGCCAUGAUUCAGCUAAAGGCGCAUGGGAAGCACUAGAGGCUACCUACGAAGGCACAUCGUCGGUAAAACAAUCGAAACUGCAACUGGUACAGUCAGACUUCGAGGAGCUCCGGAUGAACGAAAAUGAAACCAUCGUGACUUUUCACACUCGUGUGCAAGAGCUAGCAAAUCGAGCUAUGGUCCUCGGAGAACUGUUCACUCAAGAAAAGUUUGUGAAAAAAAUUCUACGAUCACUACCACCUCGGUCCCGGAUGAAAGUUACAGCAAUCCAGGAACAUGACAACUGGGAGAAAAAAACUGUAUCAAAAGGUUCACGAAACAAGAAUAUGCAAAAGGGGGCGUCAUCGUCUAAAACGAGUUCUAAAUCCGGAUCAUCAACCUUCAAGUCCUCUGGUUCACGACCAGGACAGUCCAAAGAGAAAUCCACCAGUAAAGGGAUCCGAUGCUAUGAAUGUGAGGGCUUCGGACAUGUACAAGCAGAGUGCCCCACCUAUUUUCGACUCAAGAAAUCCAUGUCAGCAGUUACUUGGAGUGAUGAUGACUCGGACGGUGAAACAGGAGGAUCUGAUUCAGACGAAAUUUCUGGUAAUUUUGUUGCCUUUACUGCACAUAUGGCUGCUGGACCGUGUCAUGAAGAUGUUGCUGACUCGGAGGGAGGCGAGUAUACCUCUGCAGAAGAUUUAGAAUCAAGUGAAUCAUCUUUUGAAAUUGAGUUUAACAAGUUGUAUCCCAAAUGGGAAGCACUAAGAAAAGAAAAUCGUAGAUUAACUACUGAAAUAGGGAUUGUAACAACUGCAAAGAAAGUGUAUCAAACUCAAAUAGCCGAUAGGGAUCUGCUUCUUAAAGAGGCAUUGGCCCGAGAAGAAAAACUGAAACAAGAGAUACAGACUCUGAAGCAGGAGCUGAACACCUACAAACGCCAAAUCCAAAUGAUGGAUACCACGUCUACACUUGAUGAGAUCCUUGAGUCUGGAAGAAAGACUUCUGCAAAGUUUGGUCUAGGUUUCACAGGAAACAACUCAAAAGACAAAAUGGUGUUUGUCAAAGCGUCAGGCCCUGGUCAAGGAGAUAUUCCAGAAUCUAGCACAGCGACGCAUCGCGUUGGUUACGGGGUCAUACCAGACCCGAAUGCUACUACUUCUACAAGGAUCAAAGAAUCGAGAAGUCGAGAAGAAAAAUGGUACUUCGAUAGCGGGUGUUCACGUCACAUGGCAGGAAAUGCUAAAUUUCUGAGUAAUGUAAAUACAAGCAAAGGUGAAGUUACCUUUGGCGACGGUAUAAAAGGACAAGUCACUGGUAUAGGCACGCUAAAUGUAGUUGGAUCAAUAUAG